GAUACGUCCGCGGCCGGCGAUGCCGUGCGAGCAGCAGGAGAGCGCCGCUGCCCCCGCGCGGUACGUGGUGGGGGUGGACGUGGGCAGCACGGUGCUCAAGUGCCACGUCUAUGACCGGGCGGCCGCCGUCAGAGGCUCCAGCUGCAGGAAGGUGGAAUCGCUUUAUCCUCGUCCUGGCUGGGUUGAAUUAGAUCCUGAAGUGCUGUGGAGUCAGUUUGUUGGUGUAAUAAAAGAGGCUGUACAAGCUGCGGGACUUCACAUGCGGCAAAUUGCUGGUCUGGGCAUCUCAACGCAGAGAGCAACUUUCAUUACGUGGCACAAGAAGACAGGAAAACCUUUUCAUAAUUUCAUAAGUUGGCAAGAUGUAAGAAGUGCUGAACUUGUGAAUUCCUGGAAUAAGUCCCUUCUGUUGAAGGUAAUACAUAUUAUUUUUACAGUGCUUCAUUUCUUGACUGGGAGCGAUCGCUAUUUGGCACCAAGUUUUCUUACUUUUUCAACACAACAAACUUCUAUGAAGUUGUCAUGGGUUUUUAAAAACAUAUAUGAGGCUGAAGAAGCUGCCAGAAAAAAUGAUUGCUGCUUUGGAACAGUUGACACAUGGUUACUGUAUAGGCUGACUAAAGGUUCUGUGUAUGCUACAGAUUACUCAAAUGCCAGUGCUACAGGUGUUUUUGAACCCUUUACGAAAUGUUGGAACCCCACCUUGUGUAAUUUACUUUCUAUUCCCAUGUCUAUUUAUCCACCGGUGAAAGACACAAGCUUCAACUUUGGAUCAGCUGAUUGUGAAAUAUUUGGGGUACCUAUUCCAAUAAUGGCAAUGGUAGCUGAUCAGCAGUCAGCUAUGUUUGGAGAAUGCUGCUUUCAGCCAGGAGAUGUUAAACUGACCAUGGGAACAGGUGGAUUCUGGAAUGUGAAUACCGGCCAGCAACUCUUUGCGUCACGGAGAGGUCUGUAUCCACUGAUCGGUUGGAAGAUUGGGGAAGAAGUUGUUUACUUGGUCGAAGGCUGUAUGUCGGACAUCGGCACUGCCAUCAGAUGGGCUCAGGAUAUAAAUCUCUUCACCAGUGUAGAUGAAACAGAAAAAAUGGCAUGGAGUAUUGUUGAUUCUCAAGGUGUUUGUUUUGUUCCAGAUUUUCAGGUUUCUGUGAAUGAUCCUGUUCUUUGUGCCUCUUUCAUGGGGCUGAAACCUUCCACCACCAGAAACCAUCUUGUACGAGCUAUAUUGGAAUCUGUAGCUUUCCGAAACAAACAGCUUCAUGAUACCAUUGUGCAGAAGGUACGCAUUCCUCUUCAAACUAUUCGAGCUGAUGGAGGCGUCAGUAAUAACAGUUUUGUCAUGCAGAUGACAUCAGAUUUAAUUAAUAAGAGGAUAGAAAAGCCUGCAAAUGCAGACAUGUCUAGUCUUGGUGCAGCUUUUCUAGCGGGCCUUGCUUCAGGAUUUUGGACUGACAAAGAACAACUAAAGAAGCUGAGGCAAGUAGAAGCAGUUUUUGAGCCCCAGAAGGACUCAAAGGAAUACAAACCUGCUAUGGAUACUUGGCUGCAAGCAGUGAAACGCUCCCAGCACGGGUAGAAAUGGGCAUUUUAGUUCAAGAGUUUAAAUGUUUUAAUUCAUAUGUAUAUAUAAAAUCUCAGCAAGACACUAAAAGCCAUAACUGAAACUUGUGAUGGUAUAUAUAUGGUUUUACACUACUUCAGCUACACUCCUAGAUUUCUUACCUACACCAUAGUGAACUUUCCUGUCACCACUGUGACAGCUGUAGUCCAGCUGCAGAUUUUGUCUCUUCAGCAACCUCCUUUGGGUGGCCCAGCUGCUUGAAUCCUACCAUGUACUUGACAGAAUGGGGAGUUUUUUCCUACGAUGGGUUUUCUGCUGAGGAACUCACCACCCUUCAGAUCUUUAAAGUCUCUUGUAUGUUGAUCAUCAACACAGAGGAAAAGGCACAUACACAUUCCCCAGGCAUUUCUAAGAAAUGUAAAAUGAUUGCUGAGGGGUGACUUUUGAUGAACUUGAUUUUGUACAAAGGUACUUGUAAGUAACCUGUUACCACCUUUUGGUUGACUUUUUAAGGAAGCAGUUGACCCAGCUCUGUGAUAAUGUUUGUGUGCACUAACCCAAGAUGAGAUGCAAAAGCAAAUAGGGUUUCAGUAUGCCUUUAAAAAAAAAAUCCAGCUGAUGGUUCUCACCUAGCUUGUAGCUUAGUGGUCAAAAAGAAAAAUACAUUAUAAAGAGCAAAAGCUACAUUAUCUGA